AUGAAGACAUCUCUGUUCCUUGGUUGCAUUGCAAUCGCGACUUCAGUUGCUGCUGCUCCUGUUCCUGACUCUGAUACCGUUGCCAGCUACCAAUGGAAGAAAGACACUCAAGGCACUGAUGGAGUGGCCAGCUACGAGUGGAAGAGAAAGAGGGACACUCAAAGCACAGACGGUGUUGCUAGCUAUGAGUGGAAGAAGGACACCGAACACACUGACGGCGUUGCUAGCUAUGAGUGGAAGAAGGACACCGAGCACACUGACGGCGUUGCUAGUUACGAGUGGAAGAAAGACACCCAGCACACUGAUGGCGUCGCCAGCUAUGAGUGGAAGAAAGACACUGAGAGCACCAACGGCGUUGCCAGCUACGAGUGGAAGAAGAAGCGAAUUUAG